AUGGACGAGGGAAAAGCGGGGAAGAUUAAGUUCACCUUCUGCAUGGUGGCGGUUGGUAUUAUCCUAAUGGUUGUGGCGGUCAGCACCGAUCACUGGGCAGUGCUCAGUCCCCGGCUCGGGAAGAGCAACACCACCUGUGAGGAGGCGCAUUUUGGCCUUUGGAGACUCUGCACCAAAAGGAGCUUCGUCCUCACGGUGGGUCCGGACGGGAAGGGCUGUGGGACCACGGAUUUCCUUGGAGAAUAUAACUGCACGUAUUUCAAGCACUUCACAUCAGGAGAGAAUGCAGAAAUGUUCCAAAUUACCACUCAGAAGGAAUACAGUAUAUCAGCAGCAGCCAUCGCCAUUAUCAGCAUAGCAUUCAUGGUGCUUGGUACGGUCUGUGUACUGCUUUCCUUCAAUAAAAGACUGGAUUACUUCCUGAAACCGGCUGGCAUGUUCUUCAUCUUCUCGGGGCUCUGCAUCAUUAUUUCAGUGGAGGUCAUGCGACAAUCAGUGAAACGGAUGGUUGACAGCGAAGAGACCAUUUGGAUCCAGCACCACUACUCCUGGUCCUUCGCGUGCGCCAGCUCCGCCUUUGUCAUCCUCUUCAUCGGGGGCAUUGCUCUGCUUUUGAUCUCUUUGCCACGCAUGCCCCAAAACCCAUGGGAGACCUGUAUGGAUGCACCACCAGAGCAACAGUGAGGGGAGGAUGAGAGGACAAAUUUAUCACAGCAAGGCAUUCAGUUUGUAAUAACGAUUUUACGGACAGGGAUAUUAUGGGUGGUGAAUUUUGGAAAGCAUUGUGAUGGUGCUCAAAGAGAGGCUCAUCAGA